AAACCCUAACCAUGGGGUUACCCGACCCUCUUAUCCCCUACUUCCGAUUUCGACGCUCCCCUCUCCCCCUCUUCCCCGAUUCCUCUCGUCGGUCCGUCUGUCGCUCUCCCGGAUCCUUCGUCUUCUUCCUCGCGCUCUCUCGUUCCUCAUUUUCUGGCGCUAGACCCUACUUCCUACCUCUCUCUCUCUCUCUCUACCUAAAUAUGACCGCCGUUGAAGAUACGCUGUGUCGGUGGCGACAUACAAGCAAAGACUGGCAUUAGGUGGAUGUCGGACGGCAGCAGAUUGGGCUGCGAAUUUUGAGGUUGUUUCCAGAAAUUGGUAAACAUUUGGCAGCAUGCAGGGUCUAAGCACUAGCUGUGUUCAUCAAAGAUUUGCUUUAAUUAGAUGCUGUGAUUUGAAAGACAAGAAGUCUCGGCGUCGAAAAACAAGGGAGGAAAGGAGAACAUUGGUGGAGUCUUUUAUAGACAAGUACCGAACAUUAAAUAAUGGAAAAUUUCCUUCUCUUAAUCUAACACACAAGGAAGUUGGUGGGUCUUUCUACAUAGUAAGGGAGAUUGUUCGAGAUAUAAUUCAGAAGAAUAAGGUGCUGGGUCCUGGUAGUCCAAGUAUGAAAGCACUUACCCUUGAAGAUUGCUUGGAGGAACAUGAGUCAGAAAAUUUUGCCAUCAAUCCUCACUAUGAAGUGUUUACAUCAUCUAUUGAGCUUGCAGUUGAUGAGAAGCAGAUAGAAAUAUCCUCUCAAGCACACCUGGGCGAAGACAAUGAACAAUUAGUACAACCUGAUUUCGAUGAAAUUAUUGUAUCUGGUCAAAAUAAUCAUUUGUUCUCUCAUGUCAUACAGCACAGUCCCAGUCAUUUACAGCAAUGCUCCAGUGGUGAUAAUGAGCAUGAUAAUCUAAUCAACACAGAGUCCAAGGAAGUGAAUUUGAGAAAGCCAUCAUCGUGGACAUAUGACAAGACAGGAAACAAUGAAGAAAGUCGUUCUGCAGUUCACGGUGAUAUAGAAAGAAACAAAUUUCAUCAGGUUAAGCAACCAGAACCCUUGUAUGAGACUUCGUCAAUUACUUCUCCAGAAGAAGAGCUGCUGCUGAAUGAAGAUGUAAAAAACAAUUGCAAGAGUCUUGCUGAGACAGUUAACAUGUCAACAGAAAAUGGGAAUUAUGAGACUAGCACGGCAGAUGCUUUACCAGAAGAAAAGGUUUUUAUAAGCUCAUUGACCACAUCUGAUCAUUUGUUUAGUAAUUCAGCUUCCUCUGAAGAAGAAUUCUCUUCAUUGGUAUCUUCUGCUAUGAAGACUGACUCAGACGAAUUAGUUACACCCCAGGAUGUUGCGAGUAUCCAAAGUUUGUCAAAUGUGCAGGAAGAGUCAUCCAAUGACGAGCUUUCCAUUCCAAAUGGAACAGAGCUUCCAGAAAAUACCUUUUCCAGUUUAGAUGAUAAAGUAACCAACUCCAUGUCGCAGGUAUCAGAAAAUCUGAUUUUCCCUCCAUCUGGCAUUUUGCAGGCUGAGGUCGGUUUCUACAAUCAUUCUGCCUUGUGUUGUUAUUUACCUGGUUGUAUGAUACUUUGGUCUGACAAAGUGGACCAAUGGAAUUAUUCUCGUAUGCCAUUUUUGCAGACACCACCUGUGCCUAAGGCUUCUGAUAUGGAGACCUCCAGGCAAAAAACUGAAUGUGCUUCUGCCGAAUCACUUAUGCCGACCAUGCAGGAAAUAUCAACGAUUCCAUUAAAGACUGGGCAUAAAACUGAAGAUAGCAGUAUGGACAGGAGUAGCAGCAAGUCUGCAAAUGCUAACGAGGAGAUCCAGUCCAAAACCAAUCCAGUGUGGAAUGCAAUAAAAGCUUUUGUGACUGGUUUUAUCAAGUUUUGGUCCGAGUAGAGGUCUCCCAUUAUAAAAAAAAAAGUGUCAUUUGAAUCCUUUUCAGGUUUAGUCAUGAAAAGAUGAAUCCACUUAAGCUGAUAUCUACUUUUUUAUCCAUUGAAGGAUGCUCUUUUCUUGUGCA